AUGUCUGUUGCACGAACAGUCCAGACUGCUAAAGCGGGAAACUCUAUAUGGCAGGAUGUACCAGAAGAUGCUUUCCGUCGAAGAAUCGUUGCACUCUCCGCUGCGACUAAAGGUGUGCCCGGUGACUCGAAAUACUCGGUGUCACGGUCAGCUAGUACCCAAGAGCUGCCUCCUGCCACUGGAGCUCGGGUAUUGUCCUUCAAGACUGAGCAGCGCCUUGCAGAUGAUUUCGCAUUCAUCUUGAGAGCUCAAGAAGAAGUUGAGAGCACCACUGCAGUUUGUAUUGAGGAAAUUCCAGAACCUCCGGGCCUUAUCAUACGUGUUGCUGCAAAUGAAGGAGUCCAGGCGGAAGUCAAGAGCACGCUGGAACAAAUAUGUGGAUGCCUAAUGUCUUGCGCACGGGGCGGUAUGAAGCUUGAGGGGUGCACUGCGACACUAUCGCGAUUGAUAUUGAGCCUUUCGCAGGAACGUAUUAUGUCUCGCAUGCGGUUCUUUCUUGGGGAGCUUCCUUUAGCACCUGUUCCACACAAGAGGGAUUCAUCAAGCUCAUCAGCGUCCGGUCCUGAACAGGCUCUGGGCCGAAUGCAAGCUGCAGCUUCUACACCGGCUGCCCUCGACCUCGUCAGAAAAUUAUCCGAGCUGAGGAUGAUGUUCGAAAAUGUCCUACGUCCAGAAAAUCCACAGCUGGAAUGGGACCUACAGGAGGUCGUCAAGGAAUGUUACGCCAUUGCCACUUCCGAGGGACAAAUGCCAUUCCGUCUCAAUCUCGAGAACGCUGGUCUGAGUGCUCAACAAUGGUUCAACAACAAGUACAUCACGCAGAUUGACAAGCUUGGCGCGUAUCACCGGAUCCCACAGACGUUGGCUAGAGAAGCUCGCCGGAGGAAAUCCAGGCAUUUGUUCUCAAAUGUCAAAGCAUAUUACAUCGACCCUUUUGAAGCUCGAAUAAGCUCAAUAUCUCUUGACGGAAAGAAAACUCCUUGUUAUGUCCACGCAGAGAUACAGUUGGUUGUUCACUAUCUACUCUCAAUGACCCCGGUAUUGCCCCGAGUGAUUGGUACCAGCAAGGAAGCAUGUUUUCUGUGUCACCUAUUCAUCAAACGGAUUGGUACUUUCUUGGUCACAGCUACACACGGGCGACUAUACGACCAAUGGACUAUUCCCGACCUUGCAGAGUACACUCCAGGACAGGUUACAGCGCUUCGGACUGUUAUACGGCGAAUGAAUCGCGACUGUUCGCUCUUGGGAAGGAAGAAACACCCACGGCGUGGCUAUCACCCUCUCACGAGCAGACAAAACUUAUACGAAAUGCCGACUUUUUCACCGCUUUCUACCCUCUUAAGUGCAAGGUUUGACACACAGUCAAGUUUGCUGCCAGCUGCAGAUGAGACUGGGCAAGGUCUCCUGGGCUCUCCCGCUCCACGUUCGAGAGCUUCGGCAGCAUCUAGAAUGCCCCUCAGCAAUGACGGUUCCCCGCCGCACACCGACGGGGAGACAACUACGACUACUGACUCCUGGUGGAACUCAAGUUUGAAGACAGACACACGACACCACAGCGGAAGUAGCACGCCAAGCAAAACAGAGUCUCAUGACGCAGUCUUGAGCGAAGUCAACUCCGAAAGCACAAUUACCAGCUCGACUCUCACAUCAAACAGCCGUGUGCCAGUCCGCGUCAGCCCAGACACACCACAGCUGAUCAACACUGCGGACCUUGCGAUCGUGGUAGAGAUCCAGCCACCGCGUUAUGGCAACAUAAGCUUGAUAACAGGCAGUGAGAUUGGCAAGAGCACGUCAAGUCGGCUCGUCAAACUUGAAGACAUUCAGCCGGGAGAGGAGGUGAGCUUCCAACGAUCCGAGAAUGAGACUUCUAUGGUGCUUCGCCUGCAACAAGGGGGUUUCGAUAUGUGCUGUCUCGCUCUAGAGUGGACAUAA